UCGAGAAUGAAAAGAAAAAGAGAUAACAACGAUUCGCCGGUAUACGAUGACGAAAGAGAAGAAGAAAAUAAUUUCGUUGCAAUGGAGCAUGCAGCAGUUGUGACGCAAAUAUUGUUUGAGCGCAGUCUUCAAAUGACGGAAGUUGCCUCAUUGGCUUCACUUUUGAUUUUAUUCAAGGUGAAUGAAGCACUCGAUAAUGAAGAUCGUCAAUUCUUUUUGCGACGGGAUCGUCGACAGUUCUUCUUCGAUUGCUUCAAUGCGGUAUUGGCCGAAAAUGUUUACAAUAAUAAUAGCCAAAAUCCCAUACCGCCAGAGUUGCGGUUCAUGGUCGAAAACUUCAGUGAUGAACAGUUCGAAUGACCAAGCAAGGAUACGAAAACUGGUCUCACCACUUGGUGUGAAGAUCGACUUGAGUCAUUCUUUCGAAUGCGAUGCUGGUAUUAAAAUCACAACACCAAUGGUCCGAGAUUUGAUGGCAUCGACAUCAGAAAUGCCAAAAUGUUAGCAUAUCGAUCCAACGACUUGACGAAUGGUAAUGUGGAAAGAAUAGAAAAGUCCAACAUUUUAUAAGAUGAUCUGGUCGUAAUUGGAUGGCGACGCGAAAAAUGCAUGAAAUUUUUUGUAUUGGAUUAUUGGAUUUGUACGGGGAGCAUACUAGGUCAACUUUUCAGUAAUAUCCAUAGUUUCUCGUUGCUCAGGUUAAUUUACCUAUUGCAAGACGCCCGUUUGAUUUAUGAUGCUACUAGAUUGCCGGGGUUCCAUCUGUUCAGCAUGGUCUUCAGCGGCCCUUGCUGUUCGGCAGGGCCCUUCUGUGACCAUAGCUGCUCGGCAGGGCCUAGACCAUUGCUUCACUUAGGACCCAACUCACUGCAGUUGUUGUGAACACUCAUAACUCUACCAUACUCCAGAUGGCGUUGGGUUCCUCUAUUUAAUGUAGGAAUGCUACCACCACUGAUUUACCGGUAUAUUCACCAAUAGUUCAGCACUACCUUUUUACGGUUGACGUAUUGGAUAUUUGACAUAUCCAAGACACCAACCUAACGUAAAGGCACUCCAUUUUACGGUUGUCUAUGCUGAACCCAUUAUUCGUUGUGCACACACACGGGACCGACGGCUUUAAGUGCCCUCCGAAGCACUCCACAAGUCCAAGACCCGGCCCAAAUUUCUCCUCAUUAAACCACUGAUAAUCCUUGAACGAAUCACGGUGGAAAAAUACCGGACGAAAUUUGACCGAGAAUCGAACUCGUGUCCUCAUGCUCACAAACCUGGCACGCUAACCACUAGUCUAUGGCUGAGUAUAUAUAAUUUUUUUGUAAAAGAUCAUUGGUUUGAAUCGUUGUGGUUGUUCGGACAAAUUCAACGUCAGGUAGCAGCUCAUCACAGUGAUGCCGCACAAUGGAAUACCAUUCAUGAAAUAUUCCGUAACAAUCCGAACUUUCAACAGCCAACGAACAAUCGACCACGGAAAAUAAACAGUUUUGCUCUUUUACCGUUAUGCGAUUAUCAUUUGAAGUGCGUGCGCUUGGAUAUGAGAGAUUUGUAUAAAAAAUUGGCAAGUAAGCUAAAAGUGGUGCCCAGAUUCCUGAACACUGAUACCAACCGGCUGAAUAAAUACCCCGAAGAAUACUACAGAGAUCAUGAUCGAGAUGGACUAUGGAAUUUGUUGUUCGACGUCGAUAAAAUCAAGCAAUUGGGCAAACGAUCCAAACAAUUCGGCACUGUACACCAAACUAGAGCAGGCGUGCAACGAAAAUGUAUAUUUACAGGCGGACAAUCUUGUGGGCAAGAAAUACGUUAUUGGCAUCGAUCCGAAUGAAAAAACGUGCUUGGCUAUAACGCGUCGCAACAUCCGAAAAACACCUGAUGAACCGGCCGUUGAGGAAAACAUCACAAUACCAAACACGCGAUUCUACUGGGAAACUCGGCAGAAACAAAGAGAAAAAGAAGCGAAAAAAUUGGCUGGAUGGUUUGAUAUCGAGGAAAAGAAUCAUCUGAAGACAUACCCAUUCGGUCCACCAUCACCGCGUAAUUCAACAUGGAAAUGGUACAUUGAGUAUCGCAUCAAAACGCUACGAAAAGGAAUGUCAGCAUAUGCUACGCGCAAAUAUUCACGACUGGAUUUUGAUCAUUACAUGAAGUGACUUCAUUGAAGUCGAAC